AUGUCCAAGAAAGUCAUCCUCGCAACCGGGGGUUACGAUCAUACUGUGCGAUUCUGGGAGGCUGCCAGUGGUGUUUGCUUCCGCACGAUUCAGUUUCCCGAGUCUCACAUCAACCGACUGGUGUUUUCACCAGACAAGGUCUUCCUUGCAGUGGCUGCAAACCCGCGGAUCGUGGUUUUCGACGCCCUGAACAACGUAGCUAGCCCAGUCAUUGGCUUAGAGGGACAUCGCGGCAACGUUGUCAGUGUCGGGUACGAGGCUUUUGGAAGCUGGCUCUAUUCAGGGUCUGAAGAUGGUACCAUUUGCACCUGGGAUCCGCGGUCAGGGAAGCGUUCACACGUAUUCUGUAACCGCGCUGGGGUCACGGCGGUGUGUCUGCAUCCAUCGCAAAGGGAGCUGAUAUCCGCUGACUGCCAGGGGACUGUACGCACAUGGGAUCUGAUCGCGAAUCGUCUGAAUCGUGAACUGAAGCCACAGGACGACGUCCCGAUUAGUACCAUGGCCCUCGCUGCUGACGGUAGUCUGCUGUCGGUCUGUAACCAUGAAGGCGCCUGCUAUGUAUGGCGUGUAUGCCAAGCCGGUACCGGCACCGGCGAAGCAGACGCGGAGUUUUACGAGCUCGAGCGCUUGCGUGACGCUUCACCGAUACCACUCACCCGCUCAGAUAGUGACCUCACCGAAAUGCAGCACUGGAACCGCAGCCCGAGCCGACAGCGAGUUGUUCAGCGACCUGGGACACCAGCCACUGAACCGGUCGACUUUCAACCCUCAACGACUUGGAGUGCACACACCAGGUACGUGCUCCAGUCGAGCUUCAGUCCAAAUGGAAAAAUGUUGGCCAUGGCCCUGGACUCUGGUUUCAUCCGACUCUGGGGCGUACAGCGGAGCGUCGGUGCCACUUGGCAGCAGACGCAGGUGCUGGGACGCCACCAGAAAUGGGCAUGGGAUCUGGUGUUUUCCGAUAACAGCGAGUUUCUUUUCAGCUGUUCAAGCGAUCGCCGAGCGUGCCUCUGGGACCUGUCAAGCGGCUCUGUCAUUCGUACGUACGAGGGUCACAAACUCGCGGUAACUGCACUGGCUGUUUCGGUAACGACGCUAUAG